AUGCACCACUCGCACCACGCCGACCUCCUUGAGUCCUUCACCAACCCCACCUCGUCACAGCUCGCGCCGGAAGACAUAUACAUUCCGCCGCACCUACAACCAGUCAAUCCCGAGGACGAGGAUGACGUCGUGCCUGACCAGCAUGCGGCUUUCGGCAUCCAGCGCGCAACACAGACAAGGAAGGAGCCUGCCUGGCGAGACUUGGGACUGGACGACCUGAUGCGCCGAGGCCCCGGUGAAGGGUCUGCAUCAUCCUCGACGGCAAGGACCAGCGGUGGUGCGGCCGUGAGCGCAGGUGGUGUCGCGGCGGCAAGGCAAGACGAGCCUGUUCUCUUGGCGCUGAGGAGACAGCCGGGUGCCAGAGGUCCUGGAGUGAGGCCCAGUGGGGGAGAGGUUCAGUCAACUGCCGGUGGCGGUGCUGGAAACGGACUUCCUCGAUGA